AUGACUGACAAAAUAUUCAGGAAGAAAAUGGUAAUUACACCCAAAGAGGAAGCACAAUUCCUGGUUACAAGAAACUGCCACAUAUGCGGUUACGAUCUAUGUGAGGACCGUGUGAGAGACCAUGACCAUGUAACAGGUAAGUACCGUGGAGCUGCUCAUAAUAUAUGCAAUCUUAAGUACAGAAUUACAUUGGAAAGUACCUGUGGUCUUCCACAACCUUAGAGGUUAUGAUAGUCAUCUGAUUAUGCAGGAAAUUGGUAAGUUCAAGAUGGAUGUUAAUGUGAUCCCAAAUAAUAUGGAAAAAUACAUCUCAUUCUCACUGGGUAAAAUUCUGGUCUUCAUAGACUCUAUACAGUUCAUGGCUUCUUCACUGGAAGCACUGGUGAGUAACCUUUCACCUGAGGACUUCAGGAUAGUAGGUAAGAGGUGGAAGGGUGAGGACUUCAAUCUAGUGACACAAAAAGGAGUGUUCCCAUAUGAGUUCCUCGAUGAUAUUAGCAAACUCAAUACAGAAGGUCUUCCGAGUAAGGAGGAGUUCUACUCGUCACUGUACGAGUCAGAGGUGAAGGAGGAAGAUUACCAGAGAGCUCGGCAAGUAUGGGAUCACUUCAAGAUGAAAACCAUGAGAGACUACCACGACCUCUACCUGGAGACUGACGUUCUUCUACUGGCUGAUGUGUUUGAGAACUUCAGGAGAACAUGUCUGGAAAGUUACGAACUUGAUCCCGCACAUUACGUGUCAGCACCUAGUCUGAGUUGGGACGCUUUCCUGAAAAAGGCAGGUGAAGAAAUAGAACUCGUAAGUGAUAUGGCUAUGUUUCAGUUCUUCGAGAAGGGUGUGAGAGGUGGUACAAGUUAUAUUGCCCAUAGACACUCCGCAGCUAAUAAUAAGUACAUGGAUACGUACGAUGUGUCGUCUGAGAACAAGUACCUAAUAUACCUCGAUGCUAAUAAUUUAUAUGGCUGGGCAAUGUCACAACCACUACCUAAUGGAGAGUUCGAGGGGGUUGAGGAAUUUGACGGUAUGAAUCUAGAGGAUUACUUGGGAGACAAUGGAAGGGGAAUGGUUUUGGAGGUUGACCUGGAAUAUCCACAAGAACUUCACGACCUACACAACGGUUAUCCUCUAGCACCGGAGAGUAAGGAAAUCAGUGCUUCUAUGUUGUCAGAUUAUGCGAAGAGUAUUGCUGAGAAAUUCCAACUGACAAUUGGAGGAGUAAGAAAACUAGUGACUUCACUAGGCUCCAGGAAGAAGUACGUUUUACAUGUACGCAAUCUGAAACUGUACACAGACCUUGGGAUGAAACUCACGAAGGUUCAUAGGCGGUUACAUUCAAGCAGUCUCCCUUGCUUAAGGACUAUAUAGACUUCAAUACGAAGAAAAGGUCUGCAGCCCGUAAUACAUUCGAAAAGAACUUCUUCAAGUUGAUGAACAACUCAAUCUACGGAAAGACUAUGGAGAAUCUUAGGAAAAGGGUUGAUGUGAAAUUAAUGUCCUCUAAAGACGACCUCCUAAAACUGACAGCAUCACCGUGCUUCCAGUCACAUCGAAUCAUGAAUGAGAAUCUUAUAGUGGUAAAAAGGAUGAAAGAAGUGCUAACGCUGAAUAAGCCGUGUUACGUAGGAAUGAGCAUCUUAGACUUAUCCAAGACUUUAAUGUACGAUUUCCACUACAACACCAUCAAGAAGGAGUACGGUAAUAGUUCAAGGCUACUGUUCACCGAUACUGACAGUCUGAUGUACGAACUGAAGACGGAUGAUCUCUAUGAGGACUUCAAGAGGAUUGGCGAAGAGCAAGACUGCUGA